UUGUAUCGCGACCCAGUCUGCUCUGACGUUUAGCCGAGCCGCCGGUGUCGCCCUGCCGCACCGUUCGCAAAAUCGUAUCACCGUACAUUUUAUUCUGCGCACUUUGAGAUAUCGGGAGAUAAUCGAAAGUGUUAGGUGUCGGCGGUGGUAGUGAGGUCGUGCGUAGAGGCUAGGGCUUGGACGGUGCGGCCCGGAGUGCCAGGGUGCGGGCGAGCUGCCGGCCGCAGCGUGCGAGCGCCGCAGCAGCUGGCGGUGUUUACACGCGGCGCCUGCAUCCGCCCGAGCGCCCCGAGCGCCUCGAGCGCCUCGGUGGCUGUGCGCCCGUGCGCCCCGUGCGCUGUGAGCUGCAACAUACAACACCCCUCAUUUACUAUUCAGCGCUGUGAAUUUUUAACUUUGCGAACGACCGAAGAUAGAGCAUGCCGUUGUGAAACACCAGUACCGACACGGCACGCAGCGGUCGCAGAGCUUGAACCGCGGCCACUCGCUCUCGCGCACCGAUGGGACCUGGUGACAUCACGGGACCGCGGGCAGCAUAGUACAGUGCGCCGAGUGUGGCACGCGCACGAUGGGCAACAAGCUAUCGUCGUGUUCCUGCGCGCCCAUCCUGCGCAAGGCGUACCGCUAUGAAGACAGCCCGUGGCAGAACUCGCGACGAAGAGACGGACAUUUGCUAAGACUAUGGGCAGAGGUAUUCCACGUGUCCGCGAGCGGCGCCGGCACGGUGAAGUGGCAGCAAGUCUCGGAGGACCUGGUACCCGUGAACAUCACUUGCAUCCAAGACUCGCCCGAGUGCGUGUUCCACAUCACCGCCUACAACUCGCAGGUCGACAAGAUUCUCGACGUUAGACUACUGCAGCCCGGCACUCGAAUCGGUCAAGCGUCUGAAUGCUUCGUGUAUUGGAAAGAUCCCAUGACUAACGACACAUGGGGCCUAAAUUUCACUUCUCCCAUUGAUGCCAAACAAUUUAGGGAAUGCUGCUCACCAUCAUUCAAAUUCUCCCGCAAGGCUUCAUCAAGCUACAGCCUGAAACUGGAGCCUCCUGGCAACAAGCAAAAGUUCAAGGCUAAGAGGAAGCCACUCUCUACACCUGCAAGCCCUAAUCGAUCCAGUCUGACCUACGGCCGCGAGCCUCAAUGCACAUGCAUGACGCAAGAACAAUACGCACGACUGAGAGCCCAGGAUCCACGUUACCGCUCGUCGACUCUGCCCCGCACUACAACCCGUGCGAUCGAGACGGAGGCGGGCGCUGCGGGCGGGACUGCUGGCCGCUCCGAUAAAGUAGCCGCUGCCACUUCAUCCACGUCACUGUAUGACAAUGUGUCCAACUCGCAGCCAGCACAUCAGCCGCCACCUAAACCGGCAUCUCGGCAGUCAGACACACAGCCUCCGACACGACCCCCGAAGUCACAAGAGACGUCGACUAUGACUACGAAUACUUCUACAGCUCCUAAGACUGUCACUGCUUCAGUGGGAACGCAUGGCACUAACACAAACGAAGAAACUCAAGCAGGCGGCGGUAGUGGUUCCUCUCAGCACACUCAGGACCUGAAGUCAGAAGGUGUGCAGGCUGGCGGCACCCUCACGUCUUCUAAGUCUUCGGCUACCUCGACGCGCUCCGGCAAGGAACACCUGCAGCACAUGCCUAAGAGUGUCGACUAUGGAGACGGCAACGAAUCAGACUGUAUGAAUUUUCAGUCCCGUGAAUCGGAUAGACAUGCGGCCCAUCAUCACAACGUGAUCAACAAUAAUACUUCAGGAUCGCGGCGCACUAAGUCCAAGAGCACUGAAGAUAUGAACAUGGAAGAAAUGAUUGACGUAUUACUUUUAGACUCGAGCACUUUGAAGCGCAUGCUGAAGCCGAUGCCAUCGACAGACAGUCCGGUGACGUCACCGGAGAUGGGUCGGCGCCGGUACGGGGGCGCGGCGCCAUGCCCCCCGUCCUGCGGCUCGCACGGCCACCGCCAUCCGCAGCACAUGCACCACGGACACUACUCACAUAUCGUCAACAAUAACAGUCGCCAGAGCUCGCAGCGUCGCGGUGUCGGGGUCGGUGCAGCACCCAGCGGCUAUCCUGGCCGUGGCCUAUAUCUGGAGUUGGGUGGUGGAGAACGGGACAUGUCGCCUCCGUCGGACAAUGUGAUGUUCGAUAACCAAUGCUACGCGACCACGCCAUCUUCUUCAAAUGGCAACUCAGACCAAGAGCCAUGUCAGCGUCGCGAUUCGAGACAGCAUCAUCACGCGAAGCCUUGCUUGUCCCGUCAAGCAUCACAGUCGAGCGCCACUCCAGCCCCCGGGUCACCCACCUCGCGUCUUCUGCUGGAAUAUGAGAUGCAUCUGAGAAAUACUCUGGCCAAGGGCAUGGAUGCUGAGAGCUACAGUCUGCACACAUUCGAAGCUCUGCUAAGUCAAAGCAUGGAAGAUUUAGAAUACAACGACAACGUGUCAUCUUCCAAUCAACGCAGUCCAUAUCCACCGAGACGACGACCGACCCAAGAAUCAAUUCUACAGUCUUUGAGACACCUUAAGGAGGCUGCGAUAAGGGACCGAGCAGCGUCCCAGUGCUCCGGGGGAGGCAGCCGAUCUUCAACGUUGCCGCUGCCACACCGACUUGGCGUCGAAAGACAGCAUAGUGCAAGAUCUGAUCGCGAUGGAUAUUACAGUGAUCGCAAUGAACUGAUGCGCGAACGCGAGAGGGAUCGAGAGCGGGGUUAUUUGAGUGAUCAUAACACCAGGGACAGAGUUCGAGAUCGCGACCAAGGGUACCUGAGCGAUCAUCAAUCAAGUUUCGUGAGCGCAUCCCGGUGCGCUUCAUGCAUCGGUGAGUCAGCUCGCGCGGCGUGGUACCGCCACUCAGACGGGUGGCGUGGUGCCCCUCCCCCCGGCCCCCGCCGCUCCCCCUGGGACUCCCUUCCCAGCCUCCGCCAUGAAGGCAGCCUUAACGACUCGGGCUACAGGAGCAACAGGGCUGACAGCUUCGAACAAAGGGGUGUUUUCGACCGGCAAGACAGCGUUCGUUCGGAAUAUACAAGCGAUCGCGAAUCAACGCGCUAUGGGAUUGUUCAACAAGCUUCGAUUGAUAGCACCGACUCCAGAAUCUGCUACUUGACAUCGAGUGAGAUAUCAGAUGAUGAUCGCAUGUCGCUGACGACGGCGGUUUCUGACGAAGAGGAUCCCGGCGAGAGCGCGAUGAAUUCUCCCUAUAAAGGCAAGCAGACUGGCGCCGCAGCCGCAUCGUUCAACUGCACAGGAGCCGUCAGGAAAGCUGGGUUUUUGAGUGUGAAGAAGUGGCUGCUUCGUAAAAAGCAUCAGAUAGAAUUGGCUCGCAAACGUGGCUGGAAGGGGUACUGGGUAUGCUUGAAGGGCACUACACUGCUCUUCUACCCUUGUGAUUCCCGCGAAGGCCGCUCUGUAGAAGCCGCUCCCAAACAUUUGAUCAUAGUUGAUGGAGCUAUCAUGCAGCCGAUACCGGAGCACCCCAAGCGCGACUACAUAUUCUGUCUUAGCACUGCUUUUGGCGAUGCAUACUUAUUCCAAGCACCGUGUCAGAUUGAACUGGAAAACUGGGUGAAUAGCAUACAUAGUGCAUGUGCUGCUGCCUUCGCACGUCACCGUGGAAAGACUGGGACCCUUCAUUUACUUCAAGAAGAAAUAUAUCGCCUUGAGAAGGCGAUUGAAUCUGAUCACAAGCUUAAACAUAUGGCAGAUCUGCAACAGUCAGUAGUUUCUGAUCCCGAGACUCGGGCACAACUGGCUGUCCAAAUGCUGCAGUGGGAAGAAAACCUUGAACGUCUACACUGUGAGCAAUUCCGAUUGCGUUGUUACAUGGCGAGCCUUCAGAGCGGCGAACUCCCCAAUCCCAAGUCGCUGCUAACUCACGUCUCCCGUGGCACAAAGAGUACACUGAACAAGCUGGGAGUGUUCACGGUGUCAUCUUUCCACGCGUUUAUCUGCGCGCGGUCGCCGUCGCUGCUGAACAACUUGCUGGCCGGGCGCGGCGCUACCAAGAGGCGCGCACCGCAAUUGUCGCGUUCCAACUCUGGAUCCAGCAGGCGCUCCAUGCAGAUGUCCCGCGAGGACGGGGAGGCAGCCGUGCGCGUGUCGCUGCCGGAGGGCACCACGGCCACGGUGGGCGUGCGCGAGGGCAUGUCCGUCGAGGAGUUCCUCGCCGCCGCCUGCGCACGACGCUCGCUCAACGCCCUCGAACACUUCGUCAGGGUCAAGAAGAGGCGUGACAUGGAAGAUCACAACUAUUUCGUGCCACAUCGCAGUGAUCUCAUUGAAACCUACUUGCACACACACGAAGUUGUUGAAGUGUGCGCCAAGAUCCUGUAUCAAGUGGAAUUACAACGCACGACGCUGGAGCAGAUGUGGGGCUUCAGCGUAGAAGCCGAGCUCAUUGAGAACGCCGAGCGACAAGACGAGCUCUGCUGCUACGUGAGCCGUGUCGAAGACAAGAGCGUCGCCAUGCAAAAUGGUAUAAUCAAAGGCGACGAAAUAAUGGUGAUCAACGGAGCGAUCGUAUCUGACCUAGAUAUGAUGUACCUGGAGAGCGUUUUGCAAGAGGAACUGUCCCUCGUCAUGAUGAUGAGGUCGUCGCGCACGGAGCCGCCGGAGCUGACGGGCGUGAUGCGCGCCGCCACCGACGACAUAAUCGAUUCCCUCGUGUGCCCGCCGCCUCCCAGCGAGCCGCCAGUCAUCUCCGACGACAUGAUAUCCGGCCUCAUCGUGCCCGCGCCCGCCUGGAGUAAGGAGUUGUACAGCCCGGACCAAGACGGGCACGGCGACGCAGUCAGCACUGGUCCACCGAAAGUCAGCUCCCGAACUAACUCGUUCGAGAUCGAAAAUCUGCUUAAGAGUGCCGAGCAGGUGACGGGGUGGUGCCGCUCGCCGGCAGAGACUCGGCGCGGCAGCCCCACCGGCAGCGUGGCCAGCGCCGCGGCCGGCACGCCCUCGCGACACCUCUCCGAUGCCGAUAAGCUCAAGAAGGUACUCCUGGAACUCGUCGACACUGAACGAGCUUAUGUCAAGCACCUGAACAACUUACUGGAAAACUACCUGGAGCCCCUCAAGAAGGAAACUUUUUUAUCAAACGCCGAGAUCAACGCUUUGUUCGGCAAUAUUCAGGAGAUAGUGACUUUCCAAAGACAAUUCCUGCAAAACUUAGAGGAAGCGCUUGAGGCUGAACCUAACUUCCAUCACUUUGAAUUUUCAAACCAGUUCAAGAACGUACUUUUUGCGGUUGGGAACGCUUUUCUGUAUUACGUAAACCAUUUCAAAUUGUACAGUUCUUUCUGUGCUAGUCACAGCAAAGCUCAGAAAGUAUUACAUCCAAAUGAAGGUAAUCAAGCUUUACAAGAGUUUCUUGCGGCUCGAAAUCCAAAACAGCAACAUUCAUCAACGUUGGAGUCGUACUUAAUAAAACCCAUUCAGCGGAUAUUAAAAUAUCCUCUUUUACUUCAACAAUUGAGAAAUUUGACUGAUGUAAAUUCGGAGGAGCAUCUCCAUUUAGUGGAGGCUCUGAAAGGCAUGGAAAAAGUUGCAGAGCACAUUAAUGAAAUGCAACGAAUACAUGAAGAAUAUGGUGCUAUAUUUGAUCACUUGUUUAGGCAACAUCAAAAGUCUUGCAAGCAACCUAUAGAUCUAAGUCCUGGCGAUUUGUUAUACUACGGUGGAGUAGAAUGGUUAAAUAUUUCAGACUUUUUAGGAAAAAUUAAAAAGGGAUUGGAGUUGCACGCAAUGUGCUUUGUAUUUAAAUCGGCUGUUGUCUUCCUCUGCAAAGAAAGACUGAGGCAGAAGAAAAAACUUAUGGGAGUGUCAUCCAAAAAUAGUUCCAACGAGGUAGAAAUUAUCAGGUACCAGGUACUGAUACCAGUAACCGAGGUGCAAGUUCGGGCCUCCUCAGCCAAAGACAUGGACAGCCAUUUCCUGUGGGAGCUCAUUCAUUUGCGGAGCCAACUGCAGCGGCGCUCCGAGAAAGUUUACGUCCUGUCUAACAGUACGGCGGAUUUUCGCAACGCGUUCCUCAAGACGAUCCGGCAGAUCAUCCGCGAGUCCGUGCGGAACAUGUCACUGCCGACGUCGCGGCCUGCGCCGGCGCCGCCCCGAGCGCCGCACACUCUUGAUCGAGACAGGCCCAAACACCAGGUGCAAGUAAUGCAAGGAUCACAAACCCUUGGAAAAACAAAGAAGCCUAAAACUACUGGACAACGAUUAUCGGCAGGAAACAUUGAGGUAGGCGACUUAUCGCGCGAGAACUCUCAGGAUGCUGACGAGCCGCCGCCGGAGCCUCCUCCCGAGGAACCCGCCUUCAGGCAUCGCAGCAAGACUCUUGGUGAUGCCACUGAGACCAUAGUGAAACGCGCGCCUCCGCCGCCGCCGCCCGACGCCGACAAGUGCGACCCCGGCUGCAAGUCCGAGGGUGAAGACGAGCAGCCCCCACCGCCCGCCAAGCGCGGCCUCGGCAGGACCCCCAACCAUCUCACGCUUAGCACGACAUCGACGCUCAGUGCAGGCAGUACUGGCAGUCAGGCCCGGCUCAUCCAGUCGUCACAUCAACCCACUCAGUAUCAACCCACCAUGGUAAAGGAAUUAGGUAAGCAAGAAUCUCAGUCUCUCAAAUCAUCUCCUGAAAGAAAGAGCACGACAGCACCGGAGAAAAGGAUCAAAGUUAUAAGAUCCUGCAGUGGCAGUAGCAUUAAUAGGGAUAGGUCCCCCAAUCGCUCCGUAGACCACACAUCACCAGACCGAGAUCGAGUCACGAAAGUCAUUGUUUGCAAAUCUCCUAAUAAGUCCAGCCUAAAGCAAACCAAAACUUUGCAUCGAUCACCCAGGGGAAGCUUUGACCAAUCGAAAUCACCGCGUGGAUCCAUCGACAAAUCACGAUCCCCGCAGCAGAGCUUUGAUGGAUCUAGAUCACCACGUGGAAGUAUCAUGAAAUCACGAGAAAACAGUAUAGAUCGAGCACGAUCACCAAAACCAGCACCAAAGAAAGGCAUUAUGCGAACCCCACAAGCCAGUUUUGAUAAAUCACCUUGCAAAUCACCAAAUUUAAGCCGAAGAUCUUCUAAGUCAGGUGGAGAGAAAUUAGCACGUCUUGGAACAAAUUCCUUAGAUAGAAUGACUCACUAUUCACAACUAGCUAAGGCAGAAGAUAAAGCUAUUAAAAUGGGCAUCGUUGUCUCAAAGUCUACAGAAUCGAUUGCUAAGGCUAUUGAACAUCCAACUUGUGUUCAAUGCUACCUCUCUGGGAAAAAGCAGAGUAAAACCUCCUAGCAUAAGGGGAAGGGCAAGUCGCCCAAAUCUCGACGAAAGUCAAUGACUGCGCAGUCGAUUCUAACUUCAUCGGACCGCAGCAGUGUCGAGACAUUGGACGACAUGCCCCAGGAGCGGGCGCGGUGCACGCCCACUCGCCAUCACGAGAAGAAUGAGUUUGAUCAAAUACAUGUCUAAAAAUAAAUAAACUCACAAUACCCCCGGACCUUGACAACAACGGAUUAUACCCAUAUUUAUCGGAAAGUACUUACCAACAACUCAAUUUAAUAAACCAUGUUAGCCUGUAAAAUCAGGCAUUCAAUAAUACUUAUACAAAAAAUAAUUUAUUUGAGGUGCAGCAUCACCAACUUUCUGCGUUCAAAAAUUUCAAAUAAUAUGAUGAAAAAAUAUAUACCCGUCUAAGACAUACUUAUUUUACAAGACUCUACCUACUACCGAUUUAUGACUGACCGAUUACCAAAACGUGGAAUCAAUUAAAUUAAAUAAGGCACACGACAAAUCUCGGGCCAAAGACAACAUAUAACAAUUUAGACGUUCAAAUAAAUGUAUACGUGAAAAUUUUUAAAUCAUCGUAAUUCAAUGUCACAGAAUAGGAAACUGUACUAGACAUAGAGUUUAAUUCCACGACUCUCGACGUAGUUAUAAAUGUACCUCCCUAAAAUAUAAGUAGACACAAUAAUUAAAACCGUAAUAUUAUAGCAUAUUAAAGUUAAUCAAAUCCUAAUUCUAGAUAAAUCCAAGUGCUAAGUGUUACAUAAUAAUGGCUGUGGUAUCGUACUGAUGUUAAUCCUUUUAUCAUCUUCGUCAUAGUAUUCUUCUUGUUAAUUUAAUUUGUACUGUUAUUAUACAUCCCGAUAGAUUUAAUGUAUUAUUGUGUAGAUGGCCAUGGAUUUGUAUCGUUAAUUAAGUCUUCCAAUUCUAAGUAUAUAUAAGUAUUGAUAUUAAUUUACUUUAUCUCUCGCAUUUCUUCAGUACCUGCUCAAUUUAGUAUUAAACUUAUCAAUUCAUUAAUUAUAUUCCGUAAACUAUUUUACAAUCCAAACAAUAUUAUAUACAUGCCAUUGUACACUAUACGUAAUACAUAAUUAUUUUUAUUUAUGGCAUGACAAUUUAGUUAUUAAAUAUAUGUACUUAUUUACACACAUGUACCUAUUAGGUAGGCAAUUUCCAAAUAUUUGCACUAAAUUAAAAAAAAUAUAAGUAUUGUGGCGAACUUUAAAGCUUUAUAGCAUUUAUAGGCUGGUUGUGUAUUGUACUAACGAAACAAAGGAUAUCGUCAAUAUUAAUACUGCUCAUCUUACUCUAUUAGAAAAAUAUUGAACCACAUUUAUGGACAAAUUACACACCUGCGAGCGGAAUAUAAUAAUGUUAGAUACUUAAAGCCAUUACCAAAAAAGUGUUUCAGAUUUUAUCGUAUAAUGAAUUAUUGUAAUUCGUUACAUUGGAAGUAUUCGUCGGACUACAUAAUAUUAUAUCCAUUAUUGAUAUAUGUGAAACCAUUAUGCUAAACAAUCUACUAAUAAAUAGGCUAUAUAUCCAAAUAUAAUCUAACAAAAUCAAUGUAGGCAAAUACGCUCUCUUCGUUCACGUAGUGCUUUACCUAACCUCUGUAGCUGUGCACUGGUUCUCUGUCGAGUUAGAUGAUGCACCCACAAGCAGUAAUGAAUGUCAUCGUAUAUAAGUACCUAUCAAUAGUGAGUAAAGUAAAUAAUAUAAUCAAUACAUAAAUAAUCGAUCGGUGCACCGUAGAUUCUAUCGUCACUGUGUGUAUCUAGGCUACCGCUUAAGUUAAGUAAGUAGAUGUUCUAUCUAAACUAGUGGACGCCGCCCAUGCUCAGCAACGCCCUACCGCUUGAAUGUUCGAUGACGACGCGACCGCGGCGGCGCGCCCCCGCCCCCCCCUCAACACUCAUCAAACAUUCAACUCUUUGCUCGCGCGCGAACACCCGGCGAUCGGUCCCAUCCGUCCAAAUUCCGUCGGCGCCCUGCGCGCCCGCAGCCGUGAGAUAAUCUAAGCCUAGAUCAUGCGACACUUGUUUCGUUGAUAUUGCAUGCGUGGUUGCCACAGUACAGUCUAAUUUGUUUAAAAUUAUUUGUACAAUUAUAAAUUAAAACAGCUUUCUAGUACACACGAUACAAAAUAAAGUACAUGGCACAGUGACUUAAUCAAAUGAUACAAUAUUAUGAUAACCGAGUUUCAACAAUUUUCCUGCAAUCUGGUGGUGCAAAGUCAUGACUGUACUGUGGCAUUCCCGCAUGCAAGCUGUGGAACAAGCGAGGUGUGACGUGGGCUUUAUAAAGAGUUCGGUGUUUGGUGUGUUGUAGGAUCGCCCGUGUGGAAACCGCGCGACAUGUCGAGCAGUGCGGGCGGGGGCGGGGGCGGGGGCGGUGGC